CAGCACUUUUGUGUAUACUUCAUUUAUGUCCCCCACACAAUACUGACACCUGACAGUGAAUACGUUUUUUUCUGAUGAGGAUUUCGCUCCUUCUCCGCAAUGGGUUCGACUUUAGGGGACGGGACGUGGCUCACUGGUUCCCAGGGCACAUGGCUAGGGGACUCAAGCAGAUGAAAGCUAAACUUAGAAGUGUGGAUUGCAUAGUGGAGGUCCAUGAUGCCAGAAUUCCUUUAUCGGGACGAAAUCCUCUUUUUAAGGAGAGUUUGGGGAUUAAACCACACUUGCUUGUACUGAACAAGAUGGACUUGGCAGAUCUGACUCGACAAAAGAGUAUGUUUGAGCAGCUGAAGUUAAAUGGUGUUGGAAAUGUCAUUUACACAGACUGUGUCAACGACCAGAAUGUUAAAAAGGUUCUUCCAGCAAUUACAGAGCUUAUUGGAUCAAAUCAACGUUUCCAUAGGAUGGAGAACCCAGAAUGCUGUAUUAUGGUGAUUGGAGUGCCCAAUGUUGGAAAAUCAUCUCUGAUCAACUCCAUGCGUAGGCUACACUUAAAGAAAGGAAAAGCCUCUAGAGUUGGAGGAGAGCCAGGAAUAACUCGCUCUGUGAUGUCCAAAAUCCAGAUCUCAGAAACUCCUCUAAUCUAUCUCCUGGAUACACCUGGAGUUAUGUCUCCUCACAUUGAGUCUGUUGAGACUGGUAUGAAGCUGGCUUUGUGUGGUACUAUUCUUGAUCACUUGGUGGGAGAGGAUAUCAUUUCAGAUUACCUGCUAUAUACACUGAACCAUCACCAGCAACACAGGUAUGUGGAGAAGUAUGAGCUGGAGGGCCCCUGCUCAAACAAUGAGACCCUGCUCAAAAAAAUUGCCAUAAAGCUGGGCAAGACACAAAGGGUGAAGGCUCUUACAGGGGUAGGUGAUGUGAACAUUGUGGUACCUGACUACAAUGCUGCAGCCUAUGACUUCAUUCGCAGUUUCCGGAAAGGAGAGUUGGGCAAAGUCACCCUGGACUAAUGGAUGUACGUGUCCGAGCACAUAGCGUAGACUGGUUUUGCUAACUGGGAGGACACCAAAAAAAUGCAAAUAACCAGAGAAAAAUCUGAAAUAAAUGGAUAAUAAAUGUAACCAUUUCAUUAGUGUUGACAGUAAACUGUGCUGUGUACAGUACAAAUGUUUGUUAUAUAGGAAUGGCCAGUCGGUUUUCUUGAUUGGUUUACACUGCCGUCCUAUGCAGUUUGUUGUAUCAAAUCAUCUUUAUGUUGUAUGAUGCCACCACAAAUCAUCUUUAUGUUGUAUGACGCCACCACAAAUCAUCUUUAUGUUGUAUGAUGCCACCACAAAUCAUCUUUAUGUUGUAUGAUGCCACCACAAAUCAUCUUUAUGUUGUAUGACGCCACCACAAAUCAUCUUUAUGUUGUAUGAUGCCACCACUGAUUUAAGGUUGUUCUUGAAUCACUUUUUGCUACAAUAUCCCUUUUUCUUACGCAUUCAUUUUUUUAAUGCUUCCCUUUUUCAUGGUAAUCCUUUAUAUUAUUUGUGGUGUCUGCAACAACAACAAAAAAAUUAACAGUGAAUAAGGCUACGCUCAGGUAUAUUGCUCAUAGUCCAACGUCUAAAAGAGAAUGUGAUUUAUUUGAUUAUAUAUAAUUUAAUUAAAUGUUGCACCUUUUUUAUUUAUAGGGACAUGAAAUCCAAAAAAAAUCUUCCAUGAUUCAGAUACAGCAUGUGAUUUUAAACAACUUUCCAAAUUACUUUUUAUAUAAUUUGUUUUGUGUUCUUAGUAUCCUUUGCUGAAAAGGAUACCCAGAUAGGCCCAGGAGCUGUUGAUUGGUGUCUGCACUUAUAUGCUUAAUUUAAAUGGCUCACCCAAAGCAUUACCUUGCUCCCAGUAAUGCAUUGUUGCUUCUUCAACAAAGGAUACCAAGAGAACAAAUAGAAGUAAAUUGGCAAUCGUUUAAAACGGUCUGAAUCUUAAAAAGAAAAUGUUAGCGUUUCAUGUCUCUUUAAAUAACAUUGAUUGUUUCAUAAUAAACUGCAGAACAAACCAGAAUGUCUGGAAUUUAAUUUUUCUCUUAUGGUUAUCAUCCCUAAAGUUAUGCCCCAGUCUCUUUAAAGGGAUACUAAACCCACAUUUUUUCUUUCACGAUUCAGAUAGUGAAUGCAAUUUUAAAUAACUUUCUAAUUUACUCCUAUUAUCAAUUUUUCAGCACCUGGGUUGCACUUGCUGAUUGGUGGCUAAAUGUAGCCACCAAUCAUCAAGUGCUAUCCAGGAUGCUGAAUCAAAAAUGGGCCAGCUCCUUAGCUUUGAUUCCUGCUUUUUGGAAUAAAGAUAGCAAGAGAACGAAGAAAAAAUGAUAAUAGGAGUAAAUUAGUUGCUUAAAAUUGCAUGAUCUGAUUAAUUAAAGAAAAAAAUGUGGAUUUAGUGUCCCUUUGAUAAAAAAUAAUUUCUCUAUUUUCAAUGAUAAUUUUGCUAUUUUUUCCCUUAAAAGAAUUGCACACUGUGAAACCUGAAAGCUUCUUUGAUGCCCUUUUGUGUUCUAAACUUUGAUCCACAACAUUUUAUAGUAUUUGUAGAAAGUUUGUACCAAAACGUUUGGGAUGUGACGAGAACUAUUUAAAUAAAAUAUUGCAUAUGAUGAACUAUACAGGAUUCUAUGAUGCAGGAAGCAACUGCACGGCCGUAUUAGACGUCAGCAGAGUAAAUUAGUUUACUAUGGGGUUGGAAAAGAUUGUUUCAUAUAGCAAAAUAAAGGGAUGGUAAACAUUUUGAUAUAUUAUAAAAUGCUUCAUUAUGAAUAGUAAAACAGUUCUGUAUA